AUGAAGAUUAAGAACGGACAAACUUGCGCUGCUUUUGUUCUUUAUGCAGGAAAAAGCUAUUCAUGGAUUGUAUGCAAAUUCGAAAAGAAACAACCAAACAAUAAAUGCAUCGUUCGUGAUGAUUAUUGCGAAAGCCAAAAUUUUUUGAGAUACGUUGUUGAUCAAAACAGUGUUAUACCAUUCCCACAACCUAAUGAAACAUACAAACCAGGUGAACAAAUUAUUGCUCUCUGGUAUGAUGCUACAGACAAUGAAUGGUCAACAAUGUUUUAUGAAGCCGAAGUUGUUGAAGUAAGUACACCACAUCUUCUCGUAAUUAAAUACAGUGGAUCUCAAGCAAAUAUCGAAAUCGACGCCCAAAAAGUUUCGAAAUAUCCAGAGAAGUUUAAUAUGCCUCAGGAACCAGAAACAGAAGAUAAGAAAGAGGAAACAUCAGAAACAGGCGAUGAAGGAAGUAAAGACCAAAGCGAAGAUAAUCAACAACCAAAAUAUCAAUUUCAACUAUUAAAACAUCAUGAAUCUCCACAAGAAGCACGCAGAUUAAACUUAAUGCUUGACAACAAGUCAGCUCCUAAAGAAAAACCUGAAUUCAAAUCAUUAACAGACGACGAUUUUACAAAAUUAGCUGGGCCAAGACCAAAACCAAAGAAAAUGACCACUACAAAAGGAACUCCUCUAAUAGAUUUCCUACAAGAUGAAGUCCUAUUUCCAAAACAAGCGCCUCAUAUUACUGGUAAUGGUUUACUUAGACGUAAAGGCAUUACUCCUCCUACAAACCCAUCAGGACUGUUAGAAGGAUCAUCUGAAUGCGGUAGACUUAAUAAAAUAUUACAUGAAUGGAGACCAGUUCCUUAA